AUGAAAUGGAAUCCGGUUCACUAUGGUGGUAUUAAAUCAAUUCGGAUUGCUUCCGAUAAAGUUUGGUUGCCAGACAUUGUGCUGUUCAACAACGCUGAUGGUAAUUAUGAAGUAUCGUUUAAACCACAUGUUGUUGUUGAUUAUACUGGUCAAAUGUUAUGGGUUCCACCAGCAAUUUAUAAAUCAUCCUGCAUUAUUGAUGUUGAAUUUUUCCCCUUUGAUGAGCAACAAUGCCACAUGAAUUUUGGUUCUUGGACUUAUAAUGAAAACGAAAUUAGACUGGGUUUUGUACAACAUGAAUUUAUUGAUAUUCUUGAAUAUAGAACAAGCGCAAUUUGGGACUUAAUUGAUGCUCCAGCAUGUUUGAUAAAAAACCGAUCUUGGAUUGAAUAUCGACUACGUAUCCGAAGAAAAGCUUUAUUUUAUACAGUGGUGCUAAUAAUUCCAACUGUUUUAAUGGCUUUUCUCAGUGUAGCUGUAUUUUAUUUGCCUACAGACUCAGGUGAAAAAAUCACUUUAACAAUAUCGGUACUGCUUUCAAUUGUUGUUUUCCUAUUGCUAAUCACAAAAAUUCUACCUCCAACCUCGUCAACAAUACCUCUGAUGGCCAAAUAUUUGUUGUUAACAUUUGUGCUCAAUGUUAUUACAAUAAUUGUUACUGUAAUUAUUAUUAAUGUCUAUUUUCGCACACCGACAACACAUUCGAUGCCAUUAUGGGUUGAAACAGUAUUCCUUUACUAUUUACCAAAAUUUUUAUGCUUACCACAGCCACCGAGAACUUACAAAAAGAUGAUACAGAUAAACAAAAAAUUGGCUAAUAAGUUGAAAAAAUCUGUACAUAUGCAAACGUCUGCCGUUGAAGAAGAGCUGCAUCACCCGCUCUGUCAUCUAAAAACCAAGAGCAAAAAGCAAACCAGUGAUUUGAAACAUACGGAUACCGUACAAAGAGCGGUACGAGAUCCGUUAACGAGAAACUUUUAUCCGCUUAGCAAAGAAGCAAUGAAAGCAAUUGAUGCCAUUGAAUACAUCACCAAUUAUAUCAAAAAGAGUGAGGAAAAUCGAAUGCAAAAAGAAGAUUGGAAAUGUGUUGCAAUGGUGAUUGAUCGCUUUUUGCUGUAUGUAUUUGUCGGAGUCACAAUUGGUGGUACCAUUGGAAUUCUGGGUUCAGCGCCAUACAUUCUCCAACGAGUAGAUCAACAAAAAAUUAUUGAAAGACUUAAACAUCUUUACGUUUACGGUGAUACAUAG